AUAUACUAAGGGAACGCUCUUUUCUCCUAUAAGCAAGGCCGUAAUGGUAUGUUGGCUUUUAAGCGGAAUAUUGAUGUUUUGUUUUACAAUGGAGUUUUUGGUGGCCUGGUGGUUUUUCUUCUAUUGCUGUUUUUUUCUUUAUUUUAAUUUAAAGUUGCUCGCAGUCACGUCAAAUAAUCACAAAAAUUGUAAUUAA